AUGGAAACUACCUUGGAAAUGCUUUCAAGAUUGCUGAUUGGUGGAGGAGGUCCUGAAAUGAUUGAUGGAGAAGAGGACAAAAUCCCCAGCCCAGAAAUCCUCAGCGCUCCUUUUGUGAUCACUCACAAUAAAGGAUCGAAUGAGCCUUUGUGGAUCGUCAACAUCGAGAAAGGCAUCGCCAGCCAGUGGCAAUUGGAUAUCACAGGUGUCCGUCAUGAAGGCCCUUCUGUUAACUGGGAUGCUAUUUGGGAAGGUCAAAGCGCAACUUUCACCGUCUCUGAGGACUCCUUGAGUGGUGACUGCAGCACUAUCUACGACAUUGAACGCCUUCCCUGGGCUCAGGUCUACACAAUGGAGGCCUACAAAAUGGGCUCUUGGGACGCCGUUUGCCAGGGCAAGCCCGUCUACAAAAUUGUCAAGACCAAGGACUUCAACCGCUGCAGACUUCCGAGAUUCGUGUUGAUCUUCCCCUCAACGGCAAAUUAUGCACUUGUAAUGCUUUACUAUGAAUCUAUGAUGCCCUCUUAG